AUGCAGGGAUUAACGAGCACUUCUAGACGGCGAGCAUUCUCUCAGCAAGCUUUACGGCGAUUAGAGGAGGUUCGAAACGGUCGACAGUCAUCGACAGUGAACCCUCGAAAAUCCAAGGCACUGGAGAUUGAUGGUCGCUCGUAUCUCUUACCCACGCUGACGCUGCCCAAAGCAUCGACCACAGAGAUUAAAAAUUCGCAGUUGUUCAAUGCGCGGGCUAGUGGUCCCACGCCGGUGGUAUUGGAUCUACAGCAAGUCUCUAGUGAUGGCUCGCCACACUCCCAGUCCAUAAAGAAGCAUGAGCUAAGAAACGAGAUUCUGCAACUUCAGAAAGCUGGAUAUUUGCCAGUAGGAAUUACUAAUGCAAGCGAAGACGUAAAAAAGGUGGCAGAAGCGCUUAAUCUGCCUUAUUUCAUCAGUACGAGGCUUCAUCUGCAACACAAAGUCGAAGUGACUGCUUUGGAUGAAGCGCAGAUUAUAAUUGCAUCAAAUGACGCACUUUACGAUAAAGAAGAUAGAGCUCUAUCUUCCGUUUCCACACCAAAAGUAGCAGAACAACUUCCUCCAAUGGUAGUGAGUCGUUCGGUACGUUCUGGACAGCAAAUUUUUGCACAAAAUCGGUCGCUUGUGGUACUAGGCAAUGUGAGCUCUGGGGCCGAAGUGCUGGCAGAUGAAGAUGUGAUAGUGCUCGGUGCUCUCAAGGGCCGCGCACUCGCUGGCAUUGGCGGAAAUGUUCGUGCACGCAUUAUGUGUCAGAGUUUUGACGCAGAACUCAUUUCCAUUGCCCACUGCUUUACAACGUGUGACGAUCUCGACCAAAUUGAGACUGGACAAUUACAGCUGCACAAACCUACAGCCAUUUCACUUCAAAAUGACCAGCUGCAUUUCAAGUCCUCUGCUGUGGAACCUUACCAUCGCAAGGUAAAACAUUCCAGAAUGAUUGCGUCCAUUUUAGAUGUAAUGAUUGCACCAGAUGGCAUCUCAAUCUAA